AUGAAUAUCAACGGAUUCCACCCGACCAACGGCACGCACAUAAAUGGCGUGACGGGGCCUGGCAUGGCUGAAGGCAUACCGAUUGCUAUCUGCGGUAUUAGCCUUAGGCUGCCUGGUGGCAUCCGGAACGAUAGGGACUUGUACAACUUUCUGCUCAACAAGAAGGACGCACGAACGACUGUCCCCAAAGACCGAUUCAACAUCAAUAGCUUUUACCAUCCCUCCGGGAAACCUGGAACAAUCAUCACCAAGCAUGGAUAUUUUCUUGAAGAUAUUGACCUCUCAAAAUGUGAUGCCACCAUGUUCAACAUGACCCCAGCCGAAAUCGAACGCCUGGACCCACAUCAGCGGAUUCUACUGGAAGUUGUUCGUGAAGCCCUGGAAGGCGCAGGCGAGGCUGACUUCAAGGGCAAAGAUAUCGGCACCUAUGUGGGCAACUUUACUGAUGAUUGGCUGGAUCUAUUUGCCAAAGAUGUGAUUGAUUUUGCUCCUUACCAGCUCCAUGGAAAGAUGGAUUUUGCGCUUGCCAACCGGGUCGCAUAUGAGUAUGAUCUUCGAGGGCCCAGUAUGACAAUCAAGACGGCGUGUUCCUCUUCAGCAUUAGCCAUUCACGAGGCGGCUCACUCUAUCCGCUCCGGGGAGUGUUCGGCGGCAAUUGUUUCCGGCUCGAACCUGAAUCUGGUCCCAGGUCUGUGGGUGGGGAUGAGUGCCCAGAUGACCUUGGCACCAGAUGGAUCCUCAAAGACUUUCGAUGCGUCAGCGAACGGAUAUGCAAGAGCGGAUGGCAUUGCUGCUCUCUACAUUAAACGCUUGGAUUUUGCUCUUCGAGACGGCAACCCUGUCCGAGCAGUUAUUCGCUCGUCAGCAAGCAAUGCGGAUGGACGAACACCAGGCAUGACAAUGCCGAGCUCCGAUGCGCAGGAAGCCCUUAUCCGCCAAUGCUACGAUGCCGCCGGAUUGGACCUUUCUGAGACAGCAUGGUUGAAUGCCACGGCGGUUCUUUCUCUGGAAAACAAGACAAUUAUACCUAACAUUAAGUUCAAUACCCCAAACCCUGCUAUACCUUGGGAGACCGCAAAGCUGGUAGUUCCCACCGAGCCACUCCCAUGGCCGGCAGGUCGCUGUGAGAGAAUCAGUGUGAACUCCUUUGGAAUUGGUGGCUCCAAUGUGCAUCUAGUCCUAGACUCCGCCGCAUCCUUCGGCCUGACCGCAGGCAAGAGAAGCACCGAUGACCAUCCCCAGCGUUGGCACUUGUUGGCCGUGUCUGCGAAUCAUCAGGAGGCACUUACCAAGUUGACUAGACGGUACGAAGUAUACCUACAGAGUCACUCGGACCGUUUACGAGAUUUGGCGUACACAAUCUUGGACCGGAGGGAACAUCUCAAGUUGAGGUCAUUCUGCGUGACAGAUGGCCAAUCGCCCCUGGAGUUUGCGCAGUCUACCAGAGUUCAAUCUCCGAGACAAGUCGCAUUUGUCUUUACAGGUCAAGGGGCUCAAUGGGUCCAUAUGGGGAGGGAGUUGCUCCGUGAAUUUCCGCAGUUCCUUCAAAGCAUCCGCUCUAUGGAUAAUGCCCUUCAGACAAUCGAGCAUACCCCAUCGUGGUCAAUUGAAGGUAUUUUGAUGCGGUCUGAGGACAAAUCAGCCAUUCGCAAAGCAGAACUAUCCCAACCCCUAUGCACAGCACUGCAGGUUGCAUUGAUUGACCUAUUGGCGACGUGGGGUGUCAAGCCAUGUGCUGUAGUUGGCCACUCCAGUGGUGAAAUUGCAGCCGCAUACGCUGCUGGUGCCAUAUCGAGAAAGGAAGCUAUUAUCACCGCCUUCUACCGUGGCUUUGUCUGCCGCAAUCUGAAAGUUGUUGGUGGCAUGGCAGCCAUAGGUUUAGGCCAGAAGGAAGUUGCUCCGUAUCUUGUACCUGGUGUCAGCAUUGCUUGUGAGAACAGUACCUCAAGCACUACAUUGUCUGGGGAUUUGGAUGUCUUGGAGAGUGUCAUGGGGGCAAUCAAAAAGGACCAUCCCAAUAUCCUUGUGCGACAGUUAGAGGUGGAAAUGGCAUACCAUUCGCGGCAUAUGCAACACCUUGGGAAUCACUAUUGCGACUUGAUUUCAUCGCAUUUGUCACCUAAACCGCCUAGGAUUCCAUUCUUCUCUAGCGUACAUGCGAAAAUACUCCUAGAUGCUGAGGCAUUCGGUCCAAGAUAUUGGAAGGACAAUCUGGAGAGCCCAGUGCUGUUUUACACGGCCAUCAUGAACAUGAUGAAUGAAUUCGAUCGGGAUAUUGUUCAUCUUGAAAUAGGUCCUCAUUCUGCUUUGAGUGGCCCGCUGCGUCAAACCUAUCGCGAACGGGCUUCCUCUAUUCCGUAUUUUUCAGCGCUGAUCCGGGGAGAAAACGAUACGACAUCCUUCCUGAGCUGCCUGGGGCACCUAUACUGCGCCGGGGUUCCUCUUUACUUUCCAGCUGAUGAUUCUGUCAAAGUGCUGCCUGAUCUUCCUAACUACCCCUGGCAUUAUGAGGCCAGCUAUUGGGCAGAAUCAAGGGUCAUGAACAAUUGGAGGUUUCGGGAGCACUUGCCUCACGAUCUACUCGGGCUCAGGACUUUGGAAAGUAGUGACUUUUAUCCAACCUGGCGGAACAAUUUGCGCGUCGGGGACAUUUCAUGGCUACGCGACCACCGGGUCGGAAAUGAUAUCGUGUUCCCUGCAGCUGCUUAUCUGACCAUGGCUGGAGAAGCAAUCUUCCAACUUACUGGCUCGAGGGAUUACACUCUGCGCGAGGUUGACUUUAAUACUGCGAUGGUGCUGUACGAGAGCAAGGCAACGGAGGUUAUGACCACUCUUCGGAAAAAGCGAUUGACCUCGGCUAGUGACAGCAAAUGGUAUGAGUUUUCAAUCGCAUCUCAUGAUGGAAGCACUUGGAACAAACACUGCUCCGGAUAUAUCGUCAAUGGCUGCGCAGCCCUAGCACCGGUUCCAUCCAUCGAGAAGUAUGCAAGGAAGGUCUCGUCAUCCCGCUGGUAUCAGACAAUGGCCAAGGUUGGCCUUAAUUAUGGCCCCCGUUUCACAGGCCUUUAUGAUAUUACCGCUUCCCCUUCGGAGAAGAAGGCCACGAUGACUGUGACUGACCAACCUCUUGAGGGAGAGUCCUUAUAUGCGCUGCAUCCGACCACCUUGGACCUGAUUUUGCAAUCCUGGACGGUGGCUUCGGUGAGGGGAGAAUACCGCCUCUUCAACAAACUCUUCCUCCCUAGGUUCAUCGAGGAAUUUUACGUAAGCCCGGCGCCGCAUCAGCAAAUUGACUUGCACACAGUGGCCAUCGGUCCCGCGGCCAUAGCGAGGGGUGAGUCUUAUGGCGUUGUGAAGGGGCAUCUUGCCUACUUCCUUAGAGGCUUUAAGGGCACGCCGUUGGAUCAGUCUGGAAUGCAGGAACCAAUCGACCAGACGGCCCUGACCCUACAUUGGAGACCCGAAUUCACAUUUGCAGAUACGGCACAGCUUAUGAGACCGAGUGGUGACAGUACACCCCAGCUGCAGAUGCUGGAACGCUUGUUUGUCUUGUGUGCCAUCGAGACCCAGCGACGCCUCGUCGGCAUCCAUGCUUCGCAGCCUCACUUUGACAAGUACCGCGCUUGGAUAGACCGACGAAUCCAUGACUUUUUACAACCAGACUAUCCACUGGUGAGCGACGCAGCUGACCUGGUGCGCCUCGACUCAACGCAGCGACGGGGCGCCAUCACAAACAUCCUCAAAGCGAGCAAGAGUACUACGGCUUGGCCUGUGGCUGAGGCUAUUUGGCGUGCUCAUGACCGCGUGGUUGAUGUCUUUGAAAGUCGAAUCGAAUAUAUUGACCUUCUAUUCCACGACGGACUGAUGCCGAAGUUCUACGAUUGGUCCAACAGUCUGUCGGACAUCGGCGAUCUUUUUGAUUUGCUUGCUCAUACAAAGCCACAACUCCGGGUUCUCGAAAUUGGUGCUGGAACUGGCGGAUCAACCUCCAGGAUCCUCCAACGAUUGAUCUCCAAUUUCAAUGAGCGGCUAUACGUGAAGUAUACUAUUUCUGACGUUUCCUCCGGAUUCUUUGUUCAAUGUAAAGAGCGAUUUAAACAGUACGAGGCCUUGGAGUACAAAGUACUGGAUAUCUCCCGGGAUCCCCUCGCCCAGGGAUUCACUCCCGGCGAGUAUGACUUGAUCGUUGCAUCCAACGUAUUACACGCUACGCCAAAUCUCAUCCAGACACUAGAAAAUUGCCGGACUUUGCUAAGGCCAGACGGCCACUUGUUUUUACAGGAGUUGUCACCAGUUCAGAAUUUUAUGGGUUACAUCAUGGGUCUUUUCGCCGGAUGGUGGCUGGGCGACAAUGACGGCCGGGAGAGUUCUCCCCUGGUACCUCCAUCGAUUUGGGACGUCCGACUCAGUGAAGCCGGGUUUGAUGGGAUUCAAUCGGUCAGUUUCGACAAUAAGCUGCCAUACUACAUGAACGCAAACCUCCUUGCUGUGCCGGCCGUCAAGCGUGACUAUCCGAAACGAACCACUUUACUUAUCAGCGCCAAAGGCGCGCCAAGUCCUCUGGCCCAAGCAGUUGAGGCAUCGCUCCGGGAAUCCGGAACUGAGACCGACUAUCGAGCCUGGGGCGAAGAUGUACCAGUGGAUCAAGAUCUGAUCUCCUUCAUUGAUGUCGAUCUCUCUCAACCCGUACUGCAGACUAUUACCGAACAAGCGUUACAGGGUUUCUUGCAGAUUAUAGACAAUACGUCUCAGGCAACCUUUCUCUGGUUAACCCCCCCGUCUCAGAUGUCAUGCCGCAACCCCCAUGCUGCGCAGAUCCUUGGAAUGGCCCGGAACAUCCGGCCGGAACUUGCCAUGGACUUCGCCACCGUUGAGCUUGCCGACAGACAUCCAAAGACCGCGCAAGGGGUUAUCAAUAUUCUCCGGAAGGUUCAACGAGCACGGAUGGACCCAAGCGAGCUAGACCCGGAUCUCGAGUAUUCCUUGUUAGACGGACAAAUCUAUGUUGGACGGUUUCACUGGUAUGCUAUUACCAAUGCCCUUGCCGAAACUGCACAGGUUCCCGAUGCCAAAAGUCUGGCGAUUCAUCAGCGUGGUAUGCUCCAGACGCUUCAUUGGACCGGCAUCCAAUUCGAUUCUUUGGACCCGGAUCAAGUGGAAGUGGAGAUGCGAGCUGUCGGGAUGAACUUUCACGAUCUCAUGAUCGUUAUGAAUAUGUUCGAUAGCCCACUCGAGCUAGGGCAAGGAUUCAAUUCUGUCGGUAUGGAAGGUACUGGCUACGUUACCCGAGUCGGGGAGAAUGUGAUCAAUGUUAAUCCCGGUGACCGCGUUGUUGUUAUUGGGUCAAACUCCACAGGGUUUGCAACAAAGGUUCAUAGACCGGCUGAAUAUUGCGUUCCUUGUCCCGAGGGCCUCCGUGAUGAAGAGGCUGCCGGUAUGCCAUUCGCCUACAUGACCGUGUUGUGGUCCUUUAUUGACAAGGGACAACUUCAGAGGGGUCAGUCAGUCCUGAUCCAUAGCGCAGCUGGAGGUGUCGGGAUUGCGGCUAUUCAUGUUGCCCGGUGGCUAGGGCUUGAAAUCUAUGUCACUGUUGGGAACGACGACAAGGUCAACUUUCUCAUGAAUAAAUUUCAAAUUCCUCGCAAUCGCAUCUUUGACUCGCACAGUGAAAGUUUCCUUCAUGAUAUUAUGACUGCUACAAAUGGUGUCGGGGUGGAUGCUGUGCUUAAUUCAUCCUCCGGAGAGCUGCUUCAUGCAUCCUGGAAAUGCGUUGCAGCCAACGGCUGCAUGCUGGAAAUCGGGAAGCGGGAUUUGAUUAACCGAGGCUUACUAGAUCUUAGCCUCUUUGAAGAAAAUCGCAGCUAUUUUGGCGUGGACUUUUCUCGACUCACAGUCGUCAACAAACCAGCUGUGGUGCGCUUGCUGAAACAGACCAUGUCUCUCUACGAGCAAGGCCAUAUUAAGCCGAUCGACCCAACCACGGUUUUUAGUGCAGACAAGGCAGAAGACGCAUUCAGGUUUAUGCAGAAAGGCCUCCACAUGGGUCGCAUCGUCAUUAAAUUCCAAGGUGAGGAUGAUCUGCCGCUGGAACCCACCCCUCCCGCUCCAUCCUUUAAGCAGGAUCGCUCUUAUCUUCUAGUUGGAGGAAUGGGGGGCUUAGGCCAGUCCGUGGCGAGGUGGAUGGUUUCCGCUGGGGCUCAACACCUUAUCUUCUUGUCAAGGUCAGCUGGAAAGUCACGGGGUGAUCAAGAAUUUGUCCGUGAGUUGAACGAAGCAGGAUGCGAAGUUCAAGUCCAGGCAGGCGAUGUCACUGAUUUGGAGGUUGUCCGACGUGUUAUCUGCGAGGCAACACACCCAGUGGCAGGAGUCUUGCAGAUGGCUAUGGUUCUACGGGAUGUUGGUGUCGGAAACAUGGACGAGGAAAGCUGGAAGGCAGCAACACGUCCUAAGAUUGAAGGCACAUGGAAUCUCCACCAGUGUCUUCUGGGUGAUGUAGACUUCUUCGUGCUUUUUGGGUCCAACAGCGGUACGAUCGGCUCCUAUGGCCAGGCAAACUACGCCGCUGCGAACGCAUUCCUGGAUGCCUUUGUGCGCUUCCGCCACAAUCUAAACUAUCCUGCCUCCGUGAUUGACAUAGGAGCAGUUGGAGAGGUAGGUUAUGUCUCGCGUAUGCCCAAGACCGCAGAGACAAUGACUAGCAUGGCAGGCCGCCUGGCCACCGAACAAGAAUUUCUCGACUGUCUGCAGUUGUGCAUCGCUCGGUCAGCAACUGAACUCAGCACUGGUACGUGCGAGAACCGAGGGCAGAUCGUUCUCUUUAACCAGAGUAUAUUGCCUAUCGAGGAUCCGCAGAACUCUGUCUUCUGGAAGAGAGAUCCUCGCUUGGCCAUAUACCGAAACAUCCAAAAGACGACCACGGAGGGAGAUAGUGCGGAGUCCGGUCACCUACGACGCUUCCUGGCAUCUGUAGUGUCUGAUCCAUCUCAGUUAGAGCUGCCACAGACGUCCACUUUUCUGGCAAAGGAAAUUGCCCAGCAAGUUUCGAUCUUUUUGAUGCGUGCUGAGGAUGAAAUCGAGAUUUCGCGAACCUUGACAGAAGUGGGCGUUGAUUCCCUUGUGGCGAUUGAAGUACGGAAUUGGUGGAAGCAAAAUCUGGGCGUAGAGGUCUCGGUGCUAGAAUUACGCGAUGGGGGUAAUAUUCACCGACUGGGUGAACUGGCUGCACAACGUCUGAAGGAGAAAUAUAUCAGGGCAACGUAG